GACUGAGGAUACCAGGGAGUAUCCUGCUGGGCUCCUAGACACAGAUCUUAUGGUCUUGCAAGUUCUUUUGUCGGGGGAAAUGCCUCAAGUCAAAAGAAGCUGAAAAGCUCCCCCAGAUGCCUGGGAGCUGAUUGAACCAACUUUGGAUGAAUUAGGUCAAAAGAUGAGAAAAGCUGAAACAGAACCUCAGGAGAGAAAGAGGAAGGUGGAAUCCCUCUGGUCUAUCUUCAGGAUCCGCCACCAGAAAACCUGCUUUAUUCUUGACCUCUUCUACAAAUGGAAAGCCAUCAGCAGAGAGCUGUACGAAUACUGCACUGCAGAAUGCUCCGUGGACAGGAACCUCAUGGCCAAAUGGAAGAAGCAGGGCUACAAGAGCUUGUACUACCCGCGUUGCAUCCAGACCCGCAACACCAACUUCGGGACCAACUGCAUCUGCCAAUGGAAGUGGGCCGGAUCAUUGAGUACAUGA